AUGCCCUGGACACCUCCGCCCCCAUACGAGCGACGCGACGCCCACCCUCCACUCCGAGCACCGGCACGAUGCGCGCACGACUAUCGCGAUGCGCAGGACCGCGUGAAACAGGCGGCGCAUACCUCGGCGGUCGACACCACGAGGCCGCAAGAGCGGGCAUGGAAGAGCAGCACGCAGCCCAUCGCACAAUCAAAUCUCGGUCGCUUCAAUGACUGUCCCAUCGUCGGCUCCAUGAUCCGCGGGGCUGCGGUAUGCGACCGCGUUGCAGUCAGCUUGAACGAUGCUCUGGCGCGCCUGGAUGGCGACGACGAAGAGGAUGACGAGUAUGCAGGCACUCGAAGCUUCAUGCCAGUCGCGGUGACCCAACCGCCUGCACUGCACAAGACCUUGUCCGUACUGGACUUUCGCAAAACGUGGCUGUACGCGAAUUCGAGACUCCCACCCCACAUGCCGCCGAUGAAGCUCUACCUGGCUACCUGGCAGAUCAUAUGUUCCGCGGCUCAGGCCUCCCGAGAGGUGUACCGCAGGCCGCGAAGAGACGAGAAGACAGAGUAUGUACAGGCAGACUGGCGGCAAGGCACGAAAGCCAUGGUGAUCAAGAGCCGACCUGCGGAUGACAAGAACCUGAUCGUCAUUGCCAUCCGAGGCAGCAAGUGGAACGUUGUGGACUGGGCCGUCAACUUUCGUCCCUCUCCUUCUGAACCCGUAGGCUUUCUGGAUGACUCUGGCAACGCUUGUCACGCUGGAUUUCUCGAAGUUGCCAGGGCUAUGGUGGCACCGGUAGCUGCUCGUCUGCGGGAACUGCUCGAGCAAAAUCCGUCUCGGGCGUCCAGCUCGUUGCUCUUCACCGGCCACAGUGCGGGCGGUGCAGUCGCCAGUCUCCUCUAUAUGCAUAUGAUGACCACUCUUGUCGAGACCGAGCUGAACAUACUGACUGGUUGCUUCAGGAGAGUGCAUUGCGUCACUUUUGGAACACCUCCAUUGUCUUUGUUGCCCUUACAGACUCCAUCUGGCCGCAGAUACGAGAGGAACAUCUUCUACAACUUUGCCAAUGAAGGGGAUCCUGUGGUGCGUGCAGACAAGCAAUACCUCAGCACCCUCACCAGGAUCAUCGCCGCUCCAUCUCCGUUGUCACACUCGAACACAUCACAACAAUCUCUGCGAGAGAAAGUUUCGCGACAAGCUUUCAAGUACGGUAGCAGUCCUCAAGUUUCGAUGGUUCCUAUGAGAUGGACAGUACCGCCUGCCACGCUAUCAAAUGCUGGGCGGAUGGUCUUGCUCAGAGAGCAACCGGGUGUGAACGGUUCCAUCGAAGCUGUUCAGAUCACCGACGAGCAGCUUCGAGAUGUCGUCUUUGGCGACCCUGAGAUGCAUCACAUGGAGCUUUACAAACAUCGCGUGGAUGAGCUUGCAAUUGCCGCAGUGACUGGGCGCGUGAUGGGCUGA